AUGGCCAAGAACCCGUCAGUCGUUUAUUCUCCCAUCAGCACACCACGGUACGGCCAUGAUCCUGAGACGAAGGCCCCGCAAGAUAAGCACACAGCUGUGAAACCUGCCGACAAGCCCACCGACAAUCCCCGGCAGCCGGCCCCCAACGACCAGAAGCCACCCGACUCGCCGACAAACCAGCCUCAGCCGGCCCCAGACAACCAGAGGCCACCCGGAUCGCCGACGAGCCAGCCUCAGUCGCCCCCAAACGACCAGAGGCCACCCGCAUCAACGGUUCCGCCACGUGAGAGUGUAAAGGAACCACCAAAAGCCACUUACACAAUCACCGUUGAGCCCACCAAGGUUAUCGUCAACGACCAAACGUUCACAGUGACGAACCCCUCCGAGACACGUCAAGUCAGCGUGAGCGGUGCGGAAUUCACAAUCAACCCAAGCGAGGUAGUUGGCGGAGGUACCAUUGUUGACCGGCCGGGCAAUGUUGGCCGAAGCACCAUGGCGCCUUCGAACACCGUCGUGGGAGAUGUACCAGUCGUCGUUGCACCAGAUAGUUUACAAAAUGUUGUAGUGGUCGGAGGGACGACGUUCGAGCUGCAAGCUACACCAGUCGUGGCCGUGGUUCAGGGGCAGACCAUUACGAUUCAGUCUUCCGGUAUCGUGUUCCCGAAACAAACGGUGUCGAUCAAUCGAUCGUCCCCGACACAGACAGAGAUUGUCGUUGCGGGCGGCGAGAUGGUGACCGCUAUUGGUCCCGGUGUCGUGAUCGUUCACUCGACGACGUUCACGUAUGGUCUGGCGUCGUCCACCAUUACAGAGAUUGUCGACGAUGAUACCAUUCUGAUAGGGCCAUCAGGGGUCAUUGUGCGCAACGUGACCAUGGGCGGCCCAAACGCGAAGGCCUCGGACACGGCCUUUGAGAUCGUGGGUGGUAGGGGCUUCGGUGGUCGUCGUGGAAGGCAAGACGUUCACGGUCGGUCCAGGGAGAGGGACUACGACGACCGUCAUUGGUGGUGA